UGUUUGUGCUGAACAAUUGGAUAAAACUAGUAUCACCAAACUAGCUUCUCUCUCCCUCUCUCUCACACAUCCAAAGCCAUUAGAUAAAUUAAUAUUUACCAUCAACAAGUCAACAACUAGCUAGCUAGUGCUGAAUAGGUGACUUGUUUGUGGCAAGAUGCAUCUCAAAGAGACUGAGCUAUGCCUUGGCUUACCCGGUGGUGGUGGCAAUGAAGUGGCGGAGAGCUUAAAGAUUUCAGGAAAAAGAGGUUUCUCGGAAACCAUUGAUCUUAAGCUUAAUCUUCAGCCAAAUGAUGCAUCCUCAUCAUCAUCUUCAUCAUCCAAGAACAACACCACCACCACAACUACUCAUGUCAAGCCACCAUCCAAAGCACAAGUAGUCGGAUGGCCACCUGUGAGAAACUUUCGUAAAAAUGCAAUGGCUCAAAAGAGCAACACCGACGAGUCGGAGAAGAAAGGAUCUGCAACCACCAGUAGUAGUGCAGCUUUCGUGAAGGUUUCAAUGGAUGGUGCGCCAUACCUUCGAAAGGUUGACUUAAACAUGUACAAGAGCUACCAACAACUAUCCGAUGCUUUGGCCAAGAUGUUUAGUUCCUUCACCAAAGGAAAUUAUGGGAGACAAGGAAUGAUAGAUUUCAUGAAUGAAAGCAAGUUGAUGGAUCUGUUGAAUAGUUCGGAAUAUGUUCCCAGCUAUGAAGAUAAGGAUGGUGAUUGGAUGCUUGUCGGGGAUGUUCCAUGGCAGAUGUUUGUCGACUCAUGCAAACGGCUACGAAUAAUGAAAGGAUCUGAUGCAAUCGGACUUGCCCCACGAGCGAUGGAGAAAUGUAAGAACAGGUGCUAAAAACACAUGCAAAUCGAUCUCAUUUCAAGAUCAUCAUAAACUCAAAGAAAUUGAAUGUUUAAAUGAGUCUGAAUUUUCUUUUCUUUAUCUUUUUUGCUAUUUAUUUAAAGUUUGGUAGUGUAUAGACAUGAUCAAAAUUUGUGACAGUUGUUAUAUGUAAUCAACAAUAAAUUAACAAUGACUUGGUUUGUGUGA